UAUCAAAAUGAUUUUCAUCAUUUUAUUCUAGAAAAACUGUUAUGAAAUCCUUUUUAAUUAAUUAAUGAUUGUUUAAAGUGUUGUUUCAAGUUUAAAUUUCCAUUUCGAACACCUUUGUUCAUCAUCGGUGUUCAUUUUUCGUGAAUUUUCGUGCUACGCUUCGGUGUAACUUGCCAAACAUAACGUUGUCAAGUCUCAAAUUUCGAUUUUGAGAUACUCGUUCUUCAUUCCAUUCCCAUUACCGAGUGAUUCAGUUCGAUAAAAUGGAUAAAUAUGAGCUGAGCGAUAACCAGGAGAAUGCUGAAGAAUUCAUCAAUAGUUCGUUGCUGACAAACGACGGUCACGGUUUUAUUAUCCACAGAGAUGACAUAGAUGCAGAAGAAAUUCUACCCGGUGAUCCGAACGACGGAGAGAAUUCAAAUCACGAUGGUUCGGAGGAUAAAUCAGAACAGCCCUUACGCGAGCAAGAUAGAUUUCUACCCAUCGCUAAUAUAGCGAAAAUAAUGAAACGAGCCAUUCCAGAAACCGGAAAAAUCGCCAAAGAUGCUCGAGAAUGUGUACAAGAAUGUGUUUCCGAAUUCAUCAGUUUCAUUACGAGUGAAGCUAGCGAACGUUGUUUCCUGGAGAAACGUAAAACCAUCAACGGUGAAGAUAUUUUAUUCGCGAUGACCGCGUUGGGUUUUGAUAACUACGUAGAGCCGUUGAAAAUUUACCUACAGAAAUACAGAGAGACUACGAAAGGAGACAAAACAUUGAACAAUAUGUUCGAAGAAGUUACAGAGGAUGUGUUUCCUAAUCAAAAUUCGAACGAUGCUAUGUCCGACUCGGGAGCAAGUCAGCCUGAGAAUUCAGUCAUAUACGCGUAUUCCGAUCAGAUGCAACAUUUUAAUCUAGUAUAAUUUUUCGUCGAGUUAGAUGAUAAUUUCACAUUGAAAGAAAAUUCGCCGGAGAUGCUCAUUUUACUGUGAACUUCUCAAAUGCUACCUUCUAAGCGCAUUUUUAUUAUAAGUUUCUUGUAUUAUAUUAUGUAAUAUUGUAAUAAGUUGUAAAAAAGACGUGUUCCUGAUUAUAUCAACUGUACUAUUAUUUAAGGUUUUAUUAUUUAUUAAACUUUUUGUGGCAUUAAAUUCUACACCAGUUUUAAA